GAGACCGAGGAGGACAUUGAUGUUUUGUUCGUUCGGAGGAGAGGAAUACGGGUUGAUUGGCUCUAUCGAAUGGACAGAGGAAUUCAAUCGAAUCUUAACCGACAGAGCGGUAACAUAUCUAAACCUUGAUAUAGCGGUCAUGGACAACUUUUACCUCCGUUCCUCGGCAACUCCACAUCUACGGCCGAUCGUCUACGAAGCGACCCGAAAGGUGCCUGAUCCGGAUCCAUCGGAUACCCGGAAAACUGUGUAUGACACAAUGCUAGAACGCCAACCAGAUCCGGAAAAUCCGGAACUGCCUCGAGUUCUGCGUAUUGGUGGGGGCAGUGACUAUUAUGGCUUCGAGAAAAGGUUGGGAGUGACGUGCAUUAGCGGCUACUAUUUCUACGAUAGCGCAACCUACAACAUCAACUUCUACUCUCUCUAUCACACGUCAUACGAGACAAUCCGUCUUAUGGAGACAUACAUAGAUCCUGAAUACAAAUUCCACCAGGCGAUCGCAAGGACUUUCGCAGAAAUGGCGCGUAUUUUGGCCGAGAGAGUGGUGUUGCCGUUUGACGUCGAGCCUUACGCUAGUGAUCUGACCACGAUGUGGAUGAACCUUAAGAACACGUCACAGGCGAGAAAUAUUGAAGCCCAUGAUAUUUCACUAGAAUCCCUAGAGCAGGCGAUUGCCGAGUUUGCAACAAUUAGCUCACAAUUUCAAGAUCGGCUGGGGUCUGUGGACACCCAAAGUACUGUAGCUGUGAGGCAGGUCAACGAUCAGUUGAUGUCACUUGACAAGGCUUUUCUAGGUGAUUUACCCGGAAACACUCUGGACAGGCAUCUGCUAUUUUCCGGGCGGAAAACCCAGGAACGCUCGACAGACAAAGUCCCUUCAGGAACGUUUCCCGGUAUCCUCGAUGCCCUGUAUGAAAUCGACGACGACCCCGACCAGACAGGUCGUUGGACCGUGGUCGCUCAACAGGUCGCCAUCCUAACGCACGCCGUCGAAGCUGGCAGUUCAGUCUUACGAGAUGUGACGUCAUGGUGACAUCACAAACUUCAAAGCAACGUGUUAUUGCUUUU